UUAUGAGUACAAUAAAUUGUUGAGAGCUUGUUUAUUCUUACACUGAGUCCACAUGAUAGAGAAGAGCAAAAAAUUCUUUACUCGAUCUCAAUCCGAAGAAAUCGUGAUGGAUAAAGAAGAUUCACAACCAGACUCAAGACUAAAGACAGCAUGUCAACCUAUGUAUGUUACCUUCGCUGCUGUAGUUGCAUCACUUGGAGGAAUCUUGUUCGGAUAUGACAUAGGGAUCAUCUCCGGCGCAUUGCUGCAACUUGAUCAAGAAUUCAAUUUAACUUGUUUUCAGCAGGAAAUGAUUGUAUGUGCGGUUCUCCUGGGGGCCUUUAUUGCAUCCUUCUUUGGAGGAAGCAUUGUGGACCAAUGGGGCAGAAAAACUGGAAUUGCUGUGUCUUGUGGCCUUUUCAUCGCAGGAAGUUUAGUGCUCAGCUUUAGUGUCAACUAUCCAAUGAUUAUGUUCGGAAGAAUCGUCGUGGGAUUUGCUGUUUCUCUUUCAAUUACUUCGGAAUGCACAUACAUAUCAGAAAUUUCACCUCCGAAUCGUCGAGGCAUGAUGGUUUCACUAAAUGAAGUGGGGAUUACUGUUGGAUUUCUUCUGGCAUAUUUCGUGGAUUAUUUACUCAUUUCAGUGACUGGUGGAUGGAAAAUUAUGUUUGGUUUAGCAGUUCUUCCUGCCCUGUUUCAAGGAUUUGGAGUUGCUUUUUUGCCCAAGAGUCAACAUUAUUUACUAGUGAAAGGAGAAAUAGAUGAGGCAAGACGAGUUUUAAGAAUUCUAAGAAACACAAAAGAUGUAGAAGAAGAAUUGGAUGCCACACUUGAAUCAAUUAAAAAUCAGAAAGGUACCAAGUAUUUAGAUCUCUUCAGUUCAGUUGAUAAUAUGCGUCACAGAAUCUUUCUUGGCAUGUGCUUAGUGUUUCUUCAACAGUUUUCAGGAAAUGCCAAUGUGCUCUACUACGCCCCUACGGUAUUUAAAAGCUUUGGAUAUCAUUCUGAUUCAACAGCGACACUAGUUACCGUUGGCCUAGGAAUUGUUAAGGUGAUUUCGACAGUUGUGACAUUAAUGAUCGUGGACAAAGUUGGAAGAAGAGCUUUGCUUUUAUUUGGAUGCUUUUUUAUGGGGACUAGUCUGAUGAUUCUGGGGAUAGUUGGGGCUUCCCAAUACUCACAUUCAACAGCAAAAUCAUGCUCGCCUAUUCCCAUACACGCUCACAUGAAUUUCAAAUAUAACGGAACAGUGGAAGAUUUGCAAGAAACUUACAGAGAUAUGGAAGAUAAUGACAACUUCACAAUUACAAAAUUGGAAGAACUGUUGCCUGAAAAUGCCAUACUCAUUCCAGACUCAAUCUUGGAGAAAGUGUUUAACGAGAACACAACUUUCAUUGCAGAAAAAAGUCAAGGGAUAAUCGAAGUUCGUUCCAACGUCCUUCAGGAAGAUAAGAAAAUCAUUAAACGUUUGAUAGUAAAGAACGAAACUGUGGUGAAUGAUACUGAAAGCGAGAGUCUUUUGGACGAGUUCACGAAUCAGGAUGAACCCAGCAACUCAUUGACCAAAAUAGUGUCAGUGAUCGCAUUAAUGACUUUUGUAUGCUCGUAUGGGAUGAGUUAUGGACCAGUGACAUGGCUGGUGCUUGGUGAGAUCUUCCCCGGAUCUUUGAGAGGGAGAGCUGUUUCUUUAGCUACCUCCAUCAACUGGGGAUCAAAUAUUCUAGUUUCACUUACAUUUUUGGAUGUGAUAAAUGCAAUAGGUGUUGGACCAACUUUUAUCAUAUAUGCUUGCGUUAGUUUUGCAGCUGCAAUAUUCAUUUUCUUCUGCGUUCCGGAAACUAAGAGCAAAACACUGGAAGAAAUUAGCAAGAUUCUGACGAAAAGGUUAAUAAGGAGCGAUAUUAAAUGCUGUAGAUCAAAUCAAAAUGUCAGUGAAGACAAUAAAUCUUCUGGAAAGUCAAAUCAUACAUCGGAGCGGCCAGCUAAGCAAACGAGGCUGGAAAGAACUCAAAAUACGCGUUUAUAAUGAUUCAUAUGCAAUUAUUCAUGAAAUGGAUACAAAAGCUGGUAAGCAAAAUCGUGCUAAAGACACAGUAGGUCAAACACUAUUCAUUUUUUAUCACUUCAUUUCCAGCUGACUAAAAGCUUUCUUGGAAUCUCAGUUGGCUAUCAAUUAUUGAAACACUCUCCAAAUGCAAAUUGAAGACUUCUAAAAUGUAUACCGUAUCUUCUUGUAUAACUAUCUGUUACCAUAAUCAUUGUAUCUAUCCCAUGAAAACAAAUUUAGUAUUCAGUGUUUUAUUUUCAUCGUUUCGCAUCAUUUGAUGCAUUGA